AUGGCAGUGCUCUCCACUAUAGAGGGCCUCUCCUCCAGCAUGAUCUCCUCCAUCUUCAUCCAACUCCCCGUCCCAAACGCCGACCUCACAGGACACACAAUCAUUGUCUCCGGAUCCAACCAAGGCCUCGGCUUCGAAGCCAGUCGUCACAUCCUCCGCCUAGGCGCCGACCGACUCAUCAUGGCAGUCCGCAACAUCGAAAAGGGUGAGGCUGCCCGAUCGGAGCUACUUCAAUCCACCGGUCGUGAAGCGAGCACGAUUGAAGUCUGGGAGUUGGAUAUGGAUAGCUACAGCUCUGUCAAGAGCUUUGCUGCGCGGGCGGCAACCCUCCCGCGUCUUGAUGCUCUGUUGGCUAAUGCUGGGCUGGCGACAGAAACCUUCAGCAUGUCUGAGGAUAACGAGAAGACGGUCACCGUCAAUGUGGUUAGUACGUUCUUAUUGAUCGUGCUGUUGCUCCCGAAGCUCCGCGAAUGUGCUUCGAAGUACUCGACCAUCCCGCGCGUCUCGAUUGUCAACUCAGCCCUGCAUUAUAUGGCGCCGACGAAAGAAAUUGAGCCUGACCGUGCUGGGAAGACCAUAUUCGAGCGGCUGAAUGAUGAGAAGAGCGCAAUUAUGGCGCUCCGAUAUCCUCUGUCGAAACUACUCGUGCUGUUCGGAGUAAGGGCAAUGGCCGACCGACUCGAACGAAGCAACAAGCCGCUAGUCAUCUUGAAUUCGCCGAAUCCCAGCUGGUGCAAGUCGCAGCUGAUGCGAGAGUCGUCGGAUAGCGUGGGAUUCCGCGUUGGAGAGCGCCUGAUUGCGCGCAGCACUGAGAUGGGUAGUCGUGCUUUGGUGCAUGGGGUGUUGUCUGGGAGGGAGAGUAGUGGCCAGUAUCUGGAUGAUUGUGCGGUCAAGCGUCCAUCAUGCAUUGUCACGAAUGAGAAAGGUGCGAAUAUCCAAGAGGCGUUUUUCAAAGAACUCAUGGAUAAAAUCGAGGCCAUUGCGCCUGGCUCGGUGGCGAGUGUCUCUGGGUGA